UCAAGAGAUUUCUAAAUAUUUAUUUAUUUAUUUAUUUAUCAAUAAAUAUUAGUAUUUAUUAUUAAAAAAAAAACAAGCAAUUCUAUUGAUUCAGCUUUACAUUAAAGGUAAUUACAAUAGAUACAACUUAAAAUUAAUUAUCAAGACAUAUUUGAUUGUAAUUGUGACUUUUGGUAUUUAGCAAGUGUGUAAAGCAACACAUAUUAAUCAGUGUGAUUAUUAAAUAUGGUACGUAGCAGAAGACCAGUACGUGGAGGAAAAAAAAGUGUUGACAGAAAUGUGCCUAAACAUUUGAAACAUAAACAAAUAAAAAAAAAAGGAAAAUUUAAUUUUCGUGAUGCAUCAUAUGUCAAAGAUCGUGAUGUUAAAAAUACUGAAAUUGAAAAUCGUAGAAAAAUAGUUGAGGCUAGAGAAGAUAAAAAACGUAAACGUGAACAUGAAUCAGAAAGUGAACAUGAGGAUGAACAAGAAGAGAAUCCAAUGAAGGCAUUGCUAUCAACAUUUUCAGAUGGACAAAAAUAUUUAAAAACAGCAGCUCUAUCUGAGAGUGAUACUGAAAGUGAACAAGAAAUUUUAGAAGAAGAACAAGAAGAAGAAGAAGAUGUUGAUGAUGAAGAAGAGGAUGUUGAUGAUGAAGAAGAAGAAGAAGAAGAAGAAGAUGAUGAUGAUGAUGCAUCAACUAAAGAUUUAAAAAAGUCUUACAGUAAAAAUGAUAGUGUUGAUGAUGAUGAUGAUGAGGACGAUAAUGAGGAUGAUGAUGAUGAUGACAGAGAUAUUAAAUUUGACUCCAUAAUUGCAAGCAAUGAAGAUGAAGAAGACGAUGAAACAUCUCGUGAAGAUGCUGGUAUUAUAAAUGAUCCAUUUUCAAUUCAUUUAAAUAACGAUUUAUCAUCUGAACUAUUUAAAUCAGUAUCAAAUCAAGUACCAUCAAUAAAAACUCAUCAAUUGACAUGGCCAACACUUGGAAAUUUAACAGUUCAAAUACCAAAAGAAGAAAAAAAUGAAAAAACUAAAAAAAUGUGUAUUUUAGGAGAUGACAAUGAAACAUAUGCUAAAGUUGGAUCACCACCAGUACCAAUAACUGGUAAAAUUGAUUGGAAUAAAUUAUAUGUUAAAUCACAAAUACAGGAUCAUUUAAAAGAAGCUAAUCAAGAUAAUAUACAACACAAUGAUGAUGACAAGGAUAAUGAUGAUGAUGACACAAAUUCAAAUAUUCUUACUCCACUUCAAUGUGAAUUAUUUUCAAUAAUGAAUAAUUAUCAAGAUUUAUUAUAUUGUGAAAGAACAUUUGACAAUGAGCAAGAAAUAAUGUUUACAUAUUGUCUUCAUGCAAUAAAUCAUGCAUUAAAAACAAGAACAAAAGUUCUUCAUCAUAAUGCUAAAAUAACAAAAUUAAAAAAAGAAAAAGCAGAUAGUAUUGGACAGGUACCAGAUGAAUAUCGUGAUCAAGGUUUAGUAAGACCAAAAAUAUUAAUAAUUGUACCAUUUCGUAGUUCAUGUUUAAAAAUAGUAAAAUAUUUAAUAUCAAUAUUAGUUGGUGAGGGUAAAGGUGGUUCAGUUAUAAAUAAAAAAAGAUUUUUUGAAGAUUUUGGUGGUAAUGAAAUAUCAAUGCCAAAAAAAAAUCCAAAACCAGAAGAUUAUGAAAAAAUAUUUUCUGGUAAUACUGAUGAUACAUUUAAAAUUGGUAUUGGAAUAACUAAAAAAACAAUUAAAUUAUAUUCAGAAUUUUAUUCAUCAGAUAUUAUAAUAUCAUCUGUACUUGGUUUACGAAUGUUAAUUGGUGCUGAAGGUGAAGAAGAACGUGAUUAUGAUUUUUUAACAUCAAUUGAAAUGCUUAUUAUGGAUCAAACUGAAUUAUUUUACAUGCAAAAUUGGGAUCAUUUAUUGCAUGUAUUUAAUCAUUUACAUUUGACACCUAAAAAAUCACAUGAUACUGAUGUAUCAAGAAUUAAAAGUUGGUGUGCAAGUGGAUGGUCAAAAUAUUAUCGUCAAACAUUAAUAUUUUCUGGAAUUCAAUUACCAGAAAUUCAUUCAAUAUUCAAUAAACAAUGUCACAAUUAUAGUGGUAAAAUUAAAAUUAUAAAUUCAUGUUUAUCUGGUUCAAUUGGUCAAAUUAUCGUUCAAGUACCACAAGUUUUUUGUAAAUUUCAUUCUUCAAGUCUUGCUAAUGUCAUUGAAGCAAGAUGGGAAUUUUUUAUAACAAAAAUAUUACCACAAUAUAAAGAUAGUAUCAUGAAUCAUACAAUGAUUUAUGUACCAUCGUAUUUUGAUUUUGUUAAAAUACGUAAUUACAUGAAAAGUGAAGAAUUAACUUUUGUACAAAUUUGUGAAUAUUCAAAAGAUGCUAAAAUAGCAAGAGCAAGAGAUAUGUUCUUUCAUAGUAGUGCUAAUUUUCUUGUAUAUUCUGAACGUUUUCAUUUUUACAGACGUAUCAAAAUCAAAGGUAUCAGACAUUUGAUAUUUUUUGCACCACCAGUAUUUCCAAAUUUUUACAGUGAAAUGUGUAAUUUAAUGCAAGAAGCCAAUCAAAAUCCACGUGCUGGUAGUGAAAGCAACAUGACCAUAACAACAAUAUAUUCAAAAUAUGAUUUGAUGCAGUUAUCAGCAAUUGUUGGAACAAAAGAAGCCACUAAAAUGAUUAAUUCUGAUAAAAAUUAUCACAAU